AUGUGGUCUGAGCUACGAGAAUUUUCCGUGAUUUACAGAGGACUCCGUUCUGACCGCACUAGUCCCACAUGCGGUCGAAUACUGGCACAUGCAAGAACCCAGGUGUCAGCAUUUCGGGAGAGGAUUGGGUUGCAACUUUGCGUUUUUAAAAUCGGAGUCACCGCAAACCCUCCGUUCCGUUUUGUGGAUUAUGUUUCGAAGGGUUUUACUGAGAUGUGGGUUGUUUUUGCUGGGUCAGACCUGGGAAUGGUUCACAUGCUAGAAGCAGCUUUAAUUCUGGAAUUUGGCCCAGCAACUGGGUGUCAGAAUGCCCUGGGUACUGGGGGAGAAGGGGCCCUGAACAGAAAGAUUUCGGACGGUCCUCCUUUUUUUGUUUAUGUUACCGGUGGUAGAGCAGAUCAACCCCGGAGAGUCCCAUGCGCCCACGCCGUCUCCAUCGCGAAGGCGGCAGUUGAUCAAGAUUUGUCUGCGGCCGACCCUAUGUUGUUACGAUUGGCCAAUGUGUCUCUUUCGGACCCCGCUGUGAGGAAGUGGCCAUAUGUCAAGUUUUCGGAUUGGAUGCGCCUCUUGAUAGAUACAGGGCCAUGCGUGGACAAAUUGAUCUUAGCAGGGCAGUCCCAGUGUGGAGCCACACAGAUGAAGGCCGCACUCAAAAGAAGCUUGCUUUGUUGGUGUUGUCCGUGCAUGGCUGCCUUGGUCGGGGGCACGAAGCAGUACUUGGAUGACAUUCAAAGGGACCCGGACAAAAGGGAUGCCAUGGGUCUCAAUUUUCUUGGACCGUCGUGGGGGACUCAGUUCCUCUUUUCUGUGAUGAUGCGCGGGGUAUGGCAAAAGUAUCCCCGAGCUUUGGACAAGCUCGUGGAACUGUUUGCAGAUGAUCUGAGCAAAUGUGCACUUCAGGGCGUAGCUAGCACCCGCAAUCCGAAUGAAGUCUUCUUUGCAGUGCAACUUGGAACGAAGGGGGACCUCCCGGCGUUGAUCAAACUGGGUAAUUUCAAACGUACAUAUAACAGGGUCCCAAAAACGGCCCGCUCGAACACACUUUGCCGCGGGAUAUGCCAUUGGUGCGAUGCAGGCAGGGAGGGUGACUUUCCUGUCUUCUUCGAAGAUCUUUCCAGUGAACCUGGCUGGCUCGCUACUUCUUUCAUCAACCCUCCAUGGGACACGGAGCCUACAAUGCUGAGGGGCCAGCUUCUUGAACCUCAGAGGCCAAGUUUCUUCUUUAGAAUCGAUCUGUGGCAUUGUUUUCAUUGCGGGGUUGCCCGUGUGUGGUUGGCGUCUGCCUUCAUCGUGCUGUGCAAUCUGGGUGUGAUUGUUGGUGGGUCGGUUGACGCGCGGUUUCGAAGCCUCACUGACAGCUACAGGGAGUUCUGUGCUCGCCAUCGGUUGGCCAUGCAUAUUCAAGAGUUCACCCGCGACAACCUCGGCUUUGAUUCUGAGGCCUCUUGGCCAGUGGGGAAAUGGAAUAAAGGGGCAGCUUCAACCCACAUGAUGCUAUUUCUGGAAAAGUUCAUGGAAGACCGCGUUGUGGGUCGCACUGAUGAUGUGUUGCUGCUUGCAAUCGUAACUUGUCGCUGCUGUGUGCAAGAAUGUUUCAUGCUUCACACCUGUUAA